UCUGUGAAGAUCUACAAUGAAUGUUGUUUACCCAGCAGGUGGAUAUGACGUCACGGAUUUGGAACAUCAGAAAAUAACAUCCAAAUUCGCGAUAAUUUUUUCUUUCCAUGCGAAUUAAAAUGUAAUAACAUUAGAAAGAGCUCGCUCUCUUAUUCGAGACAGAACGUGGCGUGAAGUCUAGAUUAUUUUACCGGUAACAGUGCUCUCCGUGAAUGCAGCAGAGAUGUAUCCUCGCAGUUAAAGUUAGUCCCCCAAGCGGAGUAAUGUUGGUAGUAUUUACAGUGUGAAUAUUGCAUGCUUACUUGGUAUACAAGAUCGCGUGUACAGUUCAUUAUCUCUAGCACAGAAUUGUCUACUGCGUGCACCUACCAUUGUCGAUUGGUGUCAUCUGUGAACUCCUGAUGGUCCCGGCUCUGAAGACCCUGAGCUGAAUUUUCAUUGGAAGAAUGGAAUGCCAGUCUUUCCUACACAAGUGAACACGUGGGUGCUCUGAUUGGCUGAAUACUUUCUGCACUGUUGUCUGGCUGGCUGCCAGCGCCUGCCUUGCCCCUGAUCAGAAGUGAACGUGACAUUUGUGCGGAGCCUGGAGACUCCAGUGGUGACCCCCUGUGGAGACAGAGAUCAAAGGCAAGGAGGCUGAAGUCACUACGCUGGAACUGAAGAUUGCUUUAAACGAGCAAGUCAUUGUAGAAGGUUUUUAAGUCAUGAUGCAACAAUCUGGGACCGAGGCGACAAGCAAUGGUCCAGCCAGUCAGAACAGAGCAGCGAGCGUGGAGGACGGGUCCAGGGACGCGAGGCCCAAGAGCGCCACGUCAGUGGACGUCAUGGCAGCUGACCUGAUCCAUCUCCAGCAGCAGCAGGCUCUUCAAGUGGCUCGGCAGAUCCUUCUACAGCAACAACAGCAACAGCAACAUCAACAACAACAACAACAACAACAGCAGCUGCAGCUUCAGCAAGGCACCGAUCUAAAAUCCCCCAAAGACAAUGAGAAUCAGCCAAGCCUACAGGUUCCAGUGUCAGUGGCUAUGAUGACACCCCAGGUAAUAACGCCUCAGCAGAUGCAGCAGAUCCUCCAGCAGCAGGUCCUGAGCCCUCAGCAGCUCCAGGUGCUCCUGCAGCAGCAACAGGCCCUCAUGUUACAACAGCAGCAACUCCAAGAGUUCUACAAGAAGCAGCAGGAACAGCUCCACCUCCAGCUCCUCCAGCAGCAACAUGCAGGCAAGCAGAGUAAAGAGCAGCAGCAGCAGGCCCAGCAGUUGGCCUUCCAGCAGCAGCUCAUGCAGGUCCAACAGCUCCAGCAGCAGCACCUGCUCAACCUCCAGAGACAAGGCCUGCUCACCAUCCAGCCUGGACAGACCGCCCUGCCCCUGCACUCGCUCACUCAGGGCAUAAAUCCAGCAGAGCUUCAGCAGCUGUGGAAGGAGGUGACGAACUUGAAGGAAGAGAACAGCAACAACAGCAACGGCCGCCGCGGCCUGGACCUGUCCUCGCCACAACUCCCCAAGAAGCCCCUCCUCAACCAACACGCCUCCACCAAUGGACAGUACAUGAGCCAUUCUCUGAAGAGAGAAGGAUCCACGCUAGACGACUACCAACACUCUCACCACAGUCACCCGCUUUAUGGGCACGGGGUUUGCAAGUGGCCUGGAUGCGAGGCGGUGUUUGAGGACUUCCAGUCAUUCCUGAAGCAUCUCAACAAUGAGCACGCCCUGGACGACAGGAGCACAGCCCAGUGCCGGGUGCAAAUGCAGGUUGUACAGCAGCUGGAACUGCAGCUAGCGAAAGACAAAGAGCGUCUGCAAGCCAUGAUGACGCAUCUCCACGUCAAAUCCACGGAGCCCAAACCCACCCCACAGCCACUCAACCUGGUGUCCAGCGUCACCCUGUCCAAGACAGCCCCCCAUGAGGCCUCACCCCCCCUGAGCCUGCCCCAGACCCCCACCACCCCCACGGCCCCCCUGACGCCCCUGUCCCAGGCCCACUCCGUCAUCACCCCCAACAGCCUCCACCACAGUGUGGGCCCCAUGCGCCGACGUUACUCUGAUAAGUACAACAUGCCAAUCUCCCCAGAUAUUGUCCAGAACAAAGAGUUCUACAUGAAUGCUGAAGUCAGACCUCCCUUCACGUAUGCCUCGUUAAUACGCCAGGGUAUCCUUGAAUCCCCGGAAAAGCAGCUAACACUAAAUGAAAUUUACAACUGGUUCACACGAAUGUUUGCAUAUUUCAGGCGCAAUGCCGCAACAUGGAAGAAUGCAGUCCGGCAUAAUCUUAGUCUUCACAAAUGUUUUGUGCGAGUAGAAAACGUUAAAGGGGCUGUGUGGACAGUGGAUGAACUAGAGUUCCAAAAGAGAAGGCCACAAAAGAUCACUGGAAGUCCAGCCUUAGUGAAGAACAUCCAGACCAGCUUGGGCUAUGGUCCGGCUCUCUCUGCAGCCUUCCAGGCUUCAAUGGCAGAAAACAAUAUACCUCUAUACACCACUGCUUCCAUUGGAAGUCCCACCCUCAACUCCCUGGCGAAUGCCAUCCGAGAGGAGAUGAUUGGAGCGAUGGACCAUGGAAACAGCAACGGCAGUGACAGCAGCCCAGGACGGUCUCCCUUGCCAGCUAUGCAUCACAUUAAAGAGGAACCGCUGGACCCGGAGGACCACGAAGGCCCCCUCUCCCUGGUGACGACGGCCAACCACAGUCCAGAUUUCGAUCACCACAGAGAUUACGAUGACGACCAGGGCCACGAUGACAUGCUGUAAGGUCGGGCCCCCAGGGGCCCCUCCCAGAGACAGAACUAACCUUAGUCAUCUGUGAGACGCCACAACGUCACAGAUCAUACAGAUACAAGACUGCAGUCUCAGUCCUCUGAUGACAGCUAUCAAAUGUUUCCAAUUGACUUUUAGUGCCAUUAAAUACAUAGUGAAAAACACAAGAAAGAGAAUACGUCCCACUUGGGAGUAUUUUUGAUUUAUAUCUACUUUUUGGUUUAAGUGAACGAAAAUAAGAAAAAAUUCAUUUCUACUCUACAUGCGUUGGAUGGACAUGUUUGGUACUGGGGAUGACUUCUUGGUCAGCAUGCUGGCUUCAAAUCCAGGAUGGACUUGGACUUGCACUGUGCAGCCAGUAUGAACUUGGACCUGCACUGUGCAGCCAGUAUGGAUUUGCAUACAGCCCACUCAACCACACUGAGCAUGGACUGCAGAGGGGUUCUCUCUCUCACACACACACACAAACACACACACAUGCCCAUAAACUCAAGAGAUAUUGAAUGACGUUUAAUUUACGCUCUGUGUGUGUGUGUGUGUGUGUGUGUGUGUGUGUGUGUGUGUGUGUGUGUGUGUGUGUGUGUGUGUGUGUGUGUGUGUGUGUGUGUGUGUGUGUGUGUGUGUGUGUGUGUGUGUGUGUGUGUGUAGAUUUUGUUCAUGGUCACUGCCUUCAAAAUUUAAUUGUUUUGCUUCCAUCUAGGGAGGGAUGUUUUUUGGUGUGUUUUGAGGGUGAGGGGUUUAAAAUAUGUAUUUUCCAUUGUUUGUUGUUGUUGCAUUUGAUUUCUGUAACUGAUCAGACCUCAUGCCCAUGCUGUGGAGAUUCUGUAUGGUCAGCACUUAAUGAUGGAUGUUUAGGAUUUCCUUUCUUGUUGUUUCCUCUCUUUUUUUAACAUGAAGCAGAAUGUCAAAUACCAUGUAGUAUUUUUCUGUCAUUUGUUCCACAUGCUUCAGAAUGCCACCCCUCCAACAUGUAGUCCAUCCUCAUCGCAUCCCCCCAAGCUCAUCAAGUCCAUCCUCAUCACAUCCCCCCAAGCUCAUCAAGUCCAUCCUCAUCACAUCCCCCCAAGCUCAUCAAGUCCAUCCUCAUCACAUCCCCCCAAGCUCAUCAAGUCCAUCUUCAUUGCAUCCCCCCAAGCUCAUCAAGUCCAUCCACAAUGCACUACUCGUAAUGAAGGCUCUCUCCACGCAUCAAUGAAGUUUCAUUUAAGAUGGGAAUGAAUGACAGAGAAAUCAUGCAGGUUAUGAUUUAUCCUCAUUCAAUGAUAUUUUAAAACAGCCCUUUAGGGCAGUGCGUUAGCUGCAACCAAAUUUCUGAUCAUUCGCAAGCUCCCAGUUUAAGAAAGAAAAUCAAAUGUCAGGUGUGUAUUACAAAGAUAAUAUUUUAGACCAACUAAUUGUGAUUCCUGAACACAACUCUCAUUGUAGUUCAAACAUGUAUAGUUUUCCACACUGUAAUUUCAGUCAUGGAAGGAUUGUUUGGCCUUGCUUGAAGAUAUCAAAGUUAAUUUUUUUACCAUAUGCAUGACCAGUUGGCUCUCAAAUUUGUUUGUGAUUAUUAAUAAUUACACACAUCAGAUGAAAUAUUCAUGUUCUUAAUUUAGGGAUAAUCCCAAAAAUUGGCAAUAAGACCUGAUCAUUGCUUCAUUCCAGUAUUGGCAGACAUGUUAUGCCCCCAGAAACCCACACACCACAAGGUAACUGAUGAUCUGGGUACUGUUUUGGGUCAACAUCAGCAGAACCCAAUGACUAAGUCAGAGUAGUGAUGUAGACCCUGCAAUAGGGUGGAUGGGAUUGAUGCUGGGGCUGUGAGGCUGAAUACAAGGCUUGAUCCUACUGUAGUGUUGGUUUAUGAUAUGGAACAGGCUCAUACAAAGACUCACAAACAUUACUUUUUAAAGACUGCAACCAACCACUUUGCAUUUUUUUAUUUAUUAUUAUUUUUUAUUUUUUUUGUAACUUUUGUUUUUAGGUGUUGAUGUUUCUAAAAUCUUGUUCUGUGACGACCAAAGAUAAACUACAAAGUAAAAACAAUGUUCUCUGUUUCAUGCAAUAGCGGAUAAGGCCAAAUAUCCUCCAUUCUCUCCCAUUGGCUGUGAAAGGAUCUAAAGAUGGAGUAUAGUCUCAACUGUGUCAAUCCAAUAGCACAUUGAUUAGAGGACGCUCCUCAAGCUGUCUGACUGUCAUUAGCUUUAAAGCCAAAGGAGUCUCUUGUUGAGUGCAGUAGCUGCAGGACUUUGCAGUGACCACAACUGAAAGGGAGAUGCAGAGUCAGACAAACAUUAUGACCAAAUUAGGGGAACAUAUUCUUUGGGCCAACGAGAGGAAAAGGCAUCGCUCUGUCUAUCAGCAGCAGAUUGCUGUGCAACCUAGGGGGGUGAAAGGAGAUUAUGGUCAUAAUGAGGAUGGCAAUGAUUUCGCAGUAGACAGGAGAGCUUUGUAGAGAACAAUGUGAAAAGGAUUCUAUACUUCAACUGGACCACCCAAUGAUUAAAUAUUUUGUUUUAUUUUUUAUUCUUUAUGAAUUUGUAUCCUUUCCAAUGAUUGUAUGCCACUUUUGAGUGAGUCCUGCUAUCUUGACGGGAUUCUACUGUUCUUUGUUAACAUUGGUAAGGCUUUAUGAUUGUGUUUAGUUUCUGUCAACGUAUUACUUUUUAUAUUAAAAAACACUCCUGUCAACUAAUAAGCUGGGUACAGGGUACUUUAUGGCAGUUAUUUGAACAUUCCACCAUGCAUUUACUAUUACACAUGAAAAGGGCAGUCUGUGGUUUUCAGAAAAUGUAUUUAAUAUCCAUUAUCAUGCAGCUGUGGGAUGGGUCAGUAACAGCCGGACUGGGAUCGUGAGAACAACUUGAGCUCAUCCAAAUCUAGUCUUUUGCUGGUUUGCUUGGUAUUGUAAAGGGGGAGAUUUGAACAUUCUCAGUAUGUGUAGCUUGACAUUACUAAAGAUAACAGCCUGCGAAAACUGUAUGCAUACCUCAGUUCCAACCUAUAGGGAAUAAUUCAAUGAAAAGUGAAAAGAAAACUUUCACCCAGUUGUACUUUGUUCUAUGUCUUGCAUGUGUAGUCUAAAACUGAAGAGAGAGAUUGUUUUUGUAAAAAAAACACCCCAAAAAAGUAUAUGAAUAUAAAAUUAGACCUUGUUUAUCUUGAGGGUCUCACAAUCCAAACCUUGGGCCUUUUGUCAUUAAGAAAUCACCCAGCUUUAUUUGAUCCCAUUUUCCACAAUCUAUUGACAUUUGUUUGGUCAUGGGCUUUCCAACAGUCGGGUGUACGUACAUGUCAGUAUAGCCUUGUCUUUUUCUUGUCAUUUUCUUUCCUUGUGUCUUUCAAAGAUCAAAAAUGCAUUUGUGUUACUCUUUUUGCUUUAUCACAACGGCUUUGUAUGAACUAUAAAAUAGCUAUGAAAACUGCUGUAUGUAUUGGAAUAGCAAACUGUGCUGCAAAUGUAUUUUACUUAGUAAUCCUUGCUUAAAAAGUCAUACAUGCAGACAUCUGUGUGAGAUGGGCGGGGCAGGGUUGGGGAUUAUCCCAGAUUUUGGAUUUUAAACUGUAAAAUAGAAAACAGACUUUUCUCUGUUAUCAUUGACCUAAGGAUUUUGUACAGAUUGUUUUCUUCCGUGUGUUAAGCUGUUUUUGAUACUUCCUUUUGAUGGUCUAACCACUGCCUUCUGUGGCUAUAAACAUUAGUGCUCGGAGAAAUGGCAGACAGGUAUAUUUCCUCUACAAGACGGAGAUAUCUUGCAUGACUAAUUCCAGGGUCACAGAGAUGAAAAAGAAUGGUUAAGUGGUCAGUAAUAAUAUAAGGGUGUAUCAAUCUAAUGAUAUUUUAUCUGAAACAAAUAGGGAAAAGAAGAAAAAUAUGCAGUGCCAAGAUGUAAAGAACAUUUGUUAAAUGCUUUGUUUUUUCCCCAGAGGAAUCCAUCCAUUCCUACAUAUAUUAUCAAAGAUGUGUCAUCAUCAUGUUCAGUACAUCCUCAUUAGGUGAAAUACAUAUGGCUUUUUAGUUGGCCUCUAAAUAUCUAUAUCUCAACUGUUUGGAAAUGUUUAUUUUUGGAUCAGUACAAAUCAAGCACAGCAGGUAGCCGACUUAAGUGGAGCACAAAGGUUAAAGGCUAAAAGUCGGAUGUGAAUCGGACUCUGUACUCAUCCUAUGAUAUAUGUUGAUUGUAAAACAAGAAAUAUCAGUAACCUUAUGACUUUGCUGUGCUCUGUGUAGGUGGCAUUAGAUUUCCCCUCAAGACACUUGCAGCCAUGCUAAUUUACCACGGUUCCAUCAAUCAUGACCACCCCACUGUCAUUCACCACUGUGUUGUACCAUCACCCUCUUAACCCAUGCUUCUGGAGGAGGGAUGGAGGGAGGAGGGAUGGAGAGAGGAAGGAGGGUACAGGAGAGCAGCUGUCACAGUGCUUUAAUGCAGCAGCUAAGUUAGUUUAUUAACUAAAGAUCCUGCUCAUCACCUCCAUCAUCAGUCUGUAAUCUCCUCAUCAUUCCUGGUCUGUCUGAUGCAGACUAUUUUGUUGUACAGUCAGUCUCAGUAACUGACGUAAGCUUUCUAAAAAUGCAAUAAAAUGCUGGUUGUUCA